UUCUUCCUCCUCCUCCUCCGGCACCUGACGCGGGGCUCCCGUCCUUCCCCCCCCCCCCCCCAAACCGGCCCGUCCCCUCGCCGCUCCCGGAGCUCUCCCCAUUGAACGCGCAGAGCAGCGGAGCCGCAGGGCGCAGCCCCCCGGAGCAUGCGAGGGCAGCGGGGGGGCACGGAGCUCGCUGCCCCCCCGGGCGGGCCGGCGGCGGGGCUGAGCUGCGGCCGGAGCCGGCGGAGGGGAGCUGGAGCUGGGCAGGGGUGGGAGGCUCGGAGCAGCGCAUCCCGCUUCCCUCCAUCCCUCCAUCCCGGCUGCGGGGACCAAGCCUUGCCCCGCCGAGGGUGCUGAGCGAGUCUCGGAGGGGGCUGCGGGGAUCAUGCCGGGGGGGCUGCGCCUCGGCAUCGCUUUCUCCUCGCUCUCCAUGGAGCCCGGACGUUUUCUACAAUGACUUUCCCCGAGCUGAGCAAUGGCAGCUUGAGUGGGAACAGGACGGGACAGGGCAGCCAGAGCGGUGCCAACCGGUCCUGGGGGCUGCAAGCGGAGGAGACCCCCGAGGGCAACGGCACCACGUUGACUUUCGCCUUGGACGUGCAGGCGGUGGGCGUCGGGGUCUUCUUGGCUGUCUUCAUCCUCUCGGCCAUCGUGGGGAACAUCCUCGUCAUCCUCUCGGUGGCUUGUAACCGGCACCUGCAGACGGUCACCAACUACUUCAUCGUCAACCUGGCCAUCGCCGACCUGCUGCUCAGCACCACCGUGCUGCCCUUCUCGGCCACUUUGGAGGUGUUGGGUUUCUGGGUGUUUGGACGCAUCUUCUGCAACAUCUGGGCAGCGGUGGAUGUGCUGUGCUGCUCCGCCUCUAUCAUGAGCCUGUGCAUCAUCUCCGUGGACAGGUACAUCGGUGUCAAGUACUCCCUCAAGUACCCCACAAUCAUGACCGAGAAGAAGGCGGGGGUCAUCCUCGUGGUGGUCUGGCUCUCCUCCAUGGUCAUCUCCAUCGGGCCACUGCUGGGAUGGAAGGAGCCACCACCGCCGGAUGAGAGCAUCUGUAGCAUCACGGAGGAGCCGGGCUAUGCCCUGUUCUCAUCCCUCUUCUCCUUCUACUUGCCCCUCAUGGUCAUCCUGGUGAUGUACUUCAGGAUCUACGUGGUGGCCAGGCGGACCACCCGGAGCUUGGAAGCAGGGGUCAAGAAGGAGAGGAAUAAAUCCAUGGAGGUGGUACUGCGCAUCCACUGCCGCAGCGUGCUGGAGGAGCCUCUCUCAAGCACCCGGAGCAAGGGGCACAACUUGAGGAGCUCCCUCUCUGUCCGGCUCCUCAAGUUCUCCCGUGAGAAGAAAGCAGCCAAGACUCUCGCCAUCGUCGUGGGUGUUUUCAUCCUCUGCUGGUUCCCCUUCUUCUUCAUCCUGCCUUUUGGUUCUUUCUUCCCAUCCCUGAAGCCCUCCGAAGUUGUCUUCAAGGUCAUCUUCUGGUUGGGAUACUUCAACAGCUGCGUGAACCCCAUCAUCUACCCGUGCUCCAGCAAAGAGUUCAAGCGAGCUUUCAUCAGGCUGCUCAAGUGCCAAUGCCACCGCAGAAGAAGACCCAUAUGGCGCGUCUAUGACCACCAAUGGAGAGGAGCCUCCAUGAACAGCUCAGUGCAAGACUCUGAGACAGACCUGAGGCCCAGGAUUAACACCCUGAACAGCUCGUUCCUAUUUAACUCCUCCUUGCAGGAGAGACCCAGUAAGAGGCGAACGCUCAGCUUCAAGGGCUGGAAAAUGCUCACUCCUUUCCAGAAACCAGCGUCCACCCAACUGAAGGAGAAGAUGAACAGCCUUUCCAACAAAAUCCGGGGUGGCUCCAGCAAAGGGGGGGUGACAGCCACCUACAAAACAGAGGUGGAGUCUGUCUCCAUUGGGAUCCCUCAUGACUUCACGGAAACCAUUGACUAUCAAACCUAUGACUUAACAGACUGCUGCGGGCUGAGAGAAACAGAUAUUUGAAGCCACUGGGCCAGCUUUUGAUGGUUUCUUUAGAGGUAUCUAGCAGGAAGGUGAAGGGAUACCAUCUGUGGGUCUGCCAGGUGGACUGCAAGCAGCAAUCAGGUAUAAAAUGCAGUUGCCCAAAGGUUAUCAAAGCAUCCCCCACGCAGAGGUCAGCUCCUUCUGUGGGAUCAUGGGCUCCUCAAGUAAGAGCCAGUGGCACAUCCCAUCUUAAUGAGCUGCAGAGGGAGAGGAAGAUAUGGGGUGGAUAUGGCCUUAGGACGAGAGCUGUUUCCUCCAGUGGAUGGUUAUCUUUGACUCUGGAAGAAGCUGCGUUAUGAAGGGAAACCAGGAUGUCUCCUUUGCCUUAAAAACACCACCAUCAAAUCUAAUGGAAAGAUCGAACCCCAAAAGACGCCAACCCUGCCUUAGUACAUAGGGUCAUGUUCCUACCCAGAGGCAGCACCCAGAAAGGACACUGCUGAGCAGUAGCUGUCAGCUCAUCCUUUAGAUAAUGGGUUGGGAGCUUGCAGGUCUACGGGGUUGGAUAGGACCUCCAGGAGAGGCCUUUGUUUUGGGGGACAAGAAGACUGUGGUAUUCCCAAGCAGGAUGGGGUAUCCUGACUCUCUGCCCAUCGUUGUUUGCAGUGACCACAGCUUUGCCCCUUACACGUAACCUGGUUUUAGGCCAGAGGAGCAGUCCAGAUGUGUACACUGAUGCCAAUGGGUGUGCAGGUCUCUCUUCUGUAAUUUCAACCUGUGAUGCAUUUCUCAUUUCACUUGCAACUGAAACACUUGCAACCCAUCUUGCUCUAGUGCACAUCUGUCUGUGAUACAGAGAGAAAGCAGCUCCUUUUGGUAUUGGUCAUCCCCAACCUUUUCUUUCCCCUUCUUGCUCUUGUUGUUGUCCCUCUCAGACAACACAGAAUAAAGGUGUAUCCCAGGGGCUUCUCUCAGGUCUGUAGUCAACCUGCUCUGUGGCUCAGGAAUGGUGGGAUGGCUCACUCUGAGCCCUCUACUGCCCAUCUAAAAUGGAGCUGAGGUGCACUUGGAGCUCCUUCAUGUAGAUGGGUCUUCUCCCCCAUCAGGGUCAUGCUCAUGACCCUUCUCCAAAGUGACUUCCCACAUAGCUGAUCCAUCAAAGCCUUUGGUGGCUUUCAACAAUGGCCCUUGGUUAUGGCCGUUAGCAUGGUCAAAAGCAAUGUCAAUAAGGUGGGGUUUUGCCCUGCUCACAGCCCUAGAGUGUGAGUUGUCCUCAGGAGGACACCAUGGUCUCCUGGGGGACCUCAGGGAGGUUGGAGCCAUGACAGCCCCACCUCAGCCAGGCUCACACAAGUAGUGCUUUGCAAUUCAGAAGAUCAUCCAAAAUCGACUUGACCCUGUAUUGCAGGCACUGGUUUUGUCACGUUCCAUACAUCAAUGAGCCACAAAAAGUGAUCAUCAGAUUAAGCUGUGAGCAGAGGCAGGAGGCAUAUAGGUGAUGGAGGCAAAGUCUGGAUGUGAUGUGCAAUGUCUCAAGACAAGUGACUAAAGAACAGGAAUAUGAAGUUGAGGAGUGGAAACAUGCAACUGAAUGUGUCCUGGAUGGAAACUCAUCCACAUUAGCACUUUUCCCAAACCACAUUAGGAGUCUUUCAUGAACGUGCCUACAGCACAUCUAGCUAAGAGUGGCUAUCAAAGGAGGAUGAAAGGCUCCUAGGCACAGCACAGAGAAUGUCACCUUUCUUUUUUCUGCUUUAAAAGAAAUC